AUGGGGAUUGCUGAUCCUGCUGCUGUGGCGGCACAGAACCGGAGAAAAAUCGAAAAAGAUAAACGCAGAAGAAAUUAUCAUGACUCACAAGUGCAGGGCACUAACAACUCGUCCAUCGUUUCUAAAAGAUCGGUCGAGAAGAUAUACAGUCCGAUCACAGAGCCAGAAUCAAAAGAAUGGUUCAAGUUUUUUGUCCCAAAGGGAAAGAGAAGAUCGCCAGCCAUUAAUAGGGGAUACUGGGUACGCAUGGAGAGCAUCAAACAGGCAGUGCAACGCAUUCGGAACCAAUACGGAGGCACAAUUAGAGUGGUGAAUUUGGGGUGUGGCUUCGACCCGUACCCAUUCAAAACCUUAGCGGAGUCAGGAGAUGCUUUCGAAUUUUUUGAUUUCGACUACCCGGAUCUUGUAGCCAGAAAGUUGGCCUUGAUCAGAGAUGCACCUGAAAUCAUGGACGUCAUUGGGGCAGAGGAACUGAUACUCCCAGAACACAAGAGCUUGGGUGUGGUCAUGUCCACGGCCUCGUACAAACUAGUUGGCUGUGAUCUCAAAAACACUGCCUUAUACCAAAAGCAGUUGAAUACUCUAUUGCACUCCGGGGUGGCCACAGUGUUCAUAGCAGAAGUAUCCCUUGCGUAUAUGAAGCCUGAGCAUGCAAACCCUGUGGUACAGAUCCUGUCACAGUUACCAAAUUCACAUGUCUUGGUUUUGGAACAAAUCAUGCCAUCGGGCGACUCCCACUUCUUCGCCCAAAAAAUGUUGUAUCACUUCAGUCACCUAAGAUCACCGUUGCAGUGCAAGCAAAAGGCGAGAUUCCAGGAGUACUUCCCCCAAGUGGAAAUUAUUGAUCUUUUCGAGAGUUGGAGUCAAUUGGUGUCCUCAGACAUGAAAAAGCUUGUCGCCGAAGUGGAAGAUUUCGACGAGUGGGAAGAGUUUAUCGUUUUUUGCCAGCAUUAUGUGGUGAUCCACGCCACCAACAGCGAAAAACUAAUUUUUGAAGCCACGCAAGAACCGCCUGCUUUCGAUAGCAUAGAACCAUUGAAGAUCUCUGUCAUGGACAAUCCUAUCAAUACCAAAUUCCCAGCUUGUACAGCCACACAAACAAGAACUUAUGUACACGGCGGAAUGUUUCAAACCAGGUCAGACGAGCUUAUUUUUCUUGGGCAGAACACACCCGUUUUUCACGCAGAAGAAGCGGAUAAGCCAUCUGCCCGGAUGUGCCACACCUUGAGUGAUUUGGGCAAUGGUAAUCUACUUUUGAUUGGUGGGCGUACAAGGCCUGGUGUCGAGCUUGACGAUGUGUGGGUCUACCAAGAGAGAAAAGAAACCUGGAGACUAGUGGGUGACAUUGGAGAGAAAAUGGCAAGACAUUCUGCUGUCAGUAUUGAGAAGGGGAAAGUUCUUGUUUUUGGCAAAGGCAAGUUCAAGCUUGUGAAUUACGUGGAAGACGUGUUCAGUGUCGUGGAUUUAUCCUCUACAGGAGAUGUACCGGUUCUCUCGAGUUGUGGUGUAAGUUACAAUUCCAGCAGUGGGGUGGGCUACAUAGUCGGAGGAACCUUAGAGGAGACAGGGCCAACAAUCAGCGAAGAGCUAUUCUCAUUCAGAAUCAGUAAUUCCGGAGUGUUUAUGCAGAGCGAGGGAACGAGUGCGCACUUUGCAAGAAUAGGGUGCCUUUCCAAGAUUGAAGAUGGCCAACUAUACAUAUUGGGAGGGGCUGGCCAUACCCUUCAAGACCAGAAUUCGACAGUGGUCAAAUACGAUCCUUGCCGGAAACGCUUUUGUGGCAUGAGAUUCCCCGAUACUAUAUGGAAGACAUAUCCCCUAUUUAUUGGGAGUCAACUCGCAGGAAACGCUGUUGUGGGAGGCGGUGCUGUGUGCUACUCAUUUGGAAGCUGCUAUAACAACGGUUAUCUUCUUGGGUAG